AGGGCAAUAAUAUAAGUUGGUUCCGAAUGAUGUCAGGCACUGAUCCUAUAGUGAUUUCCGGCGAGUCAUACACUACUAUGGUCUCUUGAACAGAACGAACCAGAAGGUGGAUAGUCCGUAGAAACUAUUGCAGUCAUUUCUACUGCAAUCGUAUUUGUUUUCAGCGACUGCGUACCGAGCGUUGGAAGCUAUUGGAACAAUCUCCAAGAAAAUGUCGCCUUUCAAAGAUCUACGUGCGCGUAGAAAACAAGUGCAUUGAAUGAAUAGAUACGUUUGUGAGCCCUUGGAGCAAAUUUCCUUGAAGAAUUCAUUUCAGAGAGUGUCGCUCAUAAUUAGCAAAGAGGAAAGAAAAACGUGUCAGUGGGAACGGAACGAAUUGUUCUCGACAAUUUUUUUCCCAUUAAAAUACCAAGUGAAGCAUGAACCGAAAACUUCCGAAUGCCCACAAGGUGCAAGAUCCCAUCACCAUGGAAACAGCAGCAGGAAGCAGCUCACGCAAAUCUCGCUUGUCCGUGGCAACUACUGUGGCACUAUCGGUUGUCACAACCACAAUUGUUCUCUCGGCCAUCUUUUUCUAUCUCAAUGACUACGUUGUUGUGGUGAUGGUGAAAGAAAGGGGGUCGCUUUCUUCCAUAGGAAUGUCUGCUUUGGAAACAGAUAGUCGGUGGGGCAUUGCGCAGCAACGGCGGCUGGGAAAACGGGAACAUCGCCGGCAAGAGCAAGGGGAAAAAACAGAAGACGAAGAGGACCUCAAAAAAGAACGACGACGGAAAAGAAGGGAACGGAGGAAAAAACGCUGGAUGCAACGAAGAAAAAAACGUUCCAACACCACGCAAGAAUCCUACCGCAUCGUAUGUCUUGGGAACGAGGAUAUCACGUACAUACCCAUGCAGCGAUCGCCAUCGCCAUUGAUGGGUGGGAUGGUUGGGAAUAACACGAACGCAAACAAUGUACGUUCGAGUGGAAAUUUGUACCCCGGAGAGGGAAUCAUCGGAUCCCAGAUCCUUAUGAACGGAAAUGUCUAUCCUUCCGAUGAGAUUUCGGUCGAGUUCAAUUCUGUGGCCGGAAGCAUGCCAGACCACAUCCCCGGAUCGAUCUUCGCCCAAAAGUGCAUGGCGACCAAGGGCACAGCGAGCUUCGAGACCGGGACUCCUGCCAUCGAGAUCCAGGAAACUAUGUGCGAGUACAAUUUUUGUUUGCCGGAUCGGGGCUGCCUCUUCCUCACAUCGGGUGGUCCGUACGUCUUCAAUCCCUUUUCCUCCGAUCCCCAAUCCGUUCCGGUAGUAGAAGCUGCCAUCAUGGGUGGAACCGGCGAAUCCUCUCGACUCUAUGGUGGAGCCCGCAUCAAAACGAUGGUUCGCUCUAACGACGACAGCGCCGAUGGUCAGGGAGUAGCCGUUCUUCAAAUGGAUUUGUAUUACCAGGUCCUCAAGAGCCGGAAUACUCCGGUAUACAUCGAUCCGACAGAGGACAAAACGAUCGACAUGUAAGAGCAGAGUGGAAUCUAAGGCAGGAAAAUGCCGGGGAACGAACCGCCAUCCGCGUUGCUAUGCGAGGAACCAUGCAGUUCCAACACGGAUGUUGGUGAUGCUGGGACCGACACAAUCGCCCAGAACGAUAGCAUUCCGACACAAUUUAAUUUUGUGGCGCGAUCAUUUUCGACGAGAAAAUCGUUGAAUGGAUAGGGGCCUUCGUGAAAGAAUUACAGUAAAUGGAAAUUCCUUUU